CUGUAUCACCUCAUCAACUUUGCAUCGUCUUGCUCUGUAAACAACCUCGCAUACACAAAUAUUAUAAUUAUUUGCAUCUUUUUUAUCAACAAAAAUGGAUAUCUACAACUCCAUGUUCACAGCUUUGGCCCUAAUUGUUUUGCCAGGGCUCAUGUUGGUUUUUGCACGUAAAUUCGUGUCGAAGAAGCCGAAUCUUCCACCAGGACCACCGGGUUGGCCGCUGGUUGGCAAUCUUUUCCAGGCGGCGCGUUCAGGGAAGCAGUUUUUCGAGUUUGUGAGAGACUUGGUUCCGGACUAUGGUCCCAUUUUUACUUUAAAGAUGGGGACCAGGACUAUGAUAAUUAUAACAAGUGCGGAUUUGGCUUACGAGGCUUUGAUUGAGAAGGGUCAGGUUUUUGCAACCCGACCCGAUGAGAAUCCGACCCGGACUAUAUUUAGUUGCAACAAGUUUACGGUUAAUUCUUCGUCGUAUGGUCCGGUUUGGAGAUCAUUGAGGCGGAAUUUGGUUCAGAAUAUGCUUAGUUCGAGUCGAAUCAGGGAGUUUCAUAAUUUGAGGAUGAGCGCGAUGGACAGGCUUAUUAAUCGUUUGAAGUCGGAAGCGGAUGCGAAUAAUGGCGUCGUCUGGGUGCUGAAAAAUGUGCGAUUUGCAUUUUUUUGCAUACUUUUAGCUAUGUGUUUCGGCAACGAUUUGGAUGAGGAAACAAACGAACGGGUUGAUCAUAUGAUGAAAAAGGUAUUAAAUACACUUGAACCGAGAGUGGAUGAUUUUUUACCCGUUUUGGGAAUAUUUUUCUCGAAACAAAAGAAAAAAGCAAUUGAGGUACGAAAGGAACAAUUGGAAACUCUGAUUCCUUUAGUCAAACGACGAAGAUCAACGCGUGACGAUUCAGUGAUUUCUUUUUCUUAUUUAGACACGCUUUUUGACUUAGAGAUUGAAGGUCGAAAAGCAGGUCUAAAUGACACUGAAAUCGUAACGCUCUGUUCAGAAUUUCUGAAUGGCGGGACCGACACUACAGCCACCGCUCUGGAGUGGGCCAUAGCUCGAUUUAUUGACAAUCCAAAUGUUCAAUCAAAGCUGUACGACGAAAUUGUGAAGACCGUGGGCAAGAACAAGAAAAUUGACGAAAAGGAUAUAGAAAAAAUGCCCUAUCUAAAUGCCGUGACAAAGGAAUUACUAAGGAAACACCCUCCCACAUAUUUUGUUUUAAGUCAUGCUGUUACUGAGCCCUCAAAGCUAGCAGGCUACGACAUUCCCUUGGGAACUACUGUUGAAUUUUUCACUCCACCAAUCGGGAAUGAUCCAAAAAUCUGGUCCGAUCCCGAAAAAUUCAACCCGGACCGAUUUCUUAUUGGUGGCGAGGACGCGGACAUUACUGGUGUGACCGGGGUGAAAAUGAUGCCGUUCAGCGUGGGGAGGAGAAUCUGUCCCGGAGCAAGCAUGGCAACAAUUCACCUAAAUCUGAUGAUAGCAAGGCUUGUUCAAGAAUUCGAAUGGAGUGCAUAUCCGGAGAAUAACAAGGUAGAUUUCAGUGAAAAGUUGGAAUUCACUGUUGUGAUGAAGAAUCCUCUGAGGGCCAUGAUCAAGCCUAGAGUCUGAGUGCCAUUUCACAUAGCAUGGUGCAUUUUAAUUACAUUUAUACCAGACACAUAGUAUAUUCCUGAAACUAUUGUUCAAGUUUGUAAUUUCUUGAUGACCAUAUGAUGCAGAUCCAUGAUUGGAAUUAUUUGAAUAAAUAAAUUGCACCAGUUACAUUUAUUUCAAA